UUCCAUUUUUCGCCUUUAUAAAGUAUAAACAACUCAUGAGAAAAUCAUGGAUUGAAUUCUCAAGCUCGUUGAUUAGAUGAUGGAUAUUAAACCGGCAGUUUUAGAACAAAAUAUGCACCUAUAUGCCUAACUAUUUUAAAAAGGUAACUAUUUUGGUAAGUAUAGGUGAUGAUUAGGUUAAGUUAAAUUAGGCUAUUAUUCCACAAUAAUAUGCUUAAUUAUGCCAAAAGAUCAUAUUAUAACCAAAGCAAGACGUCAACACAAUAACUACUGUGAAAUUAAAAAAAACUAGGUAACCAAACGUUUUAAACAGCAAACAGUCAACUUGUUUUCAAAUAAUUAUUAAUUUUUAUUCAUUCGACAGUUAUUUAAUUUAUUAAAUUAAGGCUAUUAUGUGUGUUUAGUUUAUCGAGUGCGUAUAUAAUAUUCUAUAAACUUUUAGUCAAUACAUGUUAUAUUUGAAUAUUAUAUUCAAAAAAUUACUUUUAUUAGUUUUAUUUAAAUUACACUUCAAAUUCAUGUCAUAGUGUCAAGUUGGUCGGGCAAAACUCGUUUGACAACUUGUCUGCCCAGUGGCCGGUAUAGUCGGUAUACAAUGUAUACAGAUAUAAUAAUGCUCCCAAAUAUUCCCAAACGUCACACAUGGUCGGAAAAAUCCAUGAAUAUACAACAAUAUGACCGGCGUCACCACUUUAUGUUAAAGAUUCCUACACAUGCAUUAGAGUGUGAGUUUCCAUUCCGAGAUUUAUUAUAUAGUAAGUCCACUUCGAUAGUAUAUAAGAGCGUCUACUUGGUCGCCGCUUCACCAGUCGUUCAUAUUUUAUUGUAGUGGACUAGUAACUAGUGUUGCUGUGUCGAUUACGACACAUUCUACCACUCGUUUUUAUUACUCGAGCUGGGCCGUGGAUCAGCUUGGAUUUCUACGUCACGGUUUCAAAAAUCGUAUUCGCUUAUUUUUCGCAGUAUGGCCAUGACGACUGACGAGUCACUGAGACAGAUAUUCGAAGAAGGCGUCGAAGGCAAUACCAUGACACUGGAUACUACACAAUCCAUCACUAUUCCGAUGGGUGUAGAACCAGAUAUGACUACCGUAAUGUCGCAAAAUGUUCCCGAGUCGUCACUGUCAACCACCGUACCGGUUGCAACACUAACAUGGAUGGAAAACGAUGAUACUAGUUGUUCGUCAAUCUCGUCAAACAAUACGGUUAGCGAUACAUUGGAAAAAGUGUACACGGAGUCUGAAAUGGAAGAGAUUCUCGAAAAAGAGAAAAGUCAACACCAGCAGUCGCUUAACAAUAUGAAGAACGAGUAUGAAAAAAAAGAAAUUGAACUCAUAAAACAAAAAAUUGAACUCGAAAAAAAAAAUAUUGAAUCAGGUCACGAAAUUAUUGUAAUUAAACAACAAAAAAUUGAAUUAUGUCAGAAAUUUGAACAAGAGAUCAGGGAUUACAAUUUACGGAGUAAAGUAAAAGAAAAACAAGUCAAAGAAUUAAUACUACAAAUGAAUGAGUUAAGCGUGACCAAUGAGCGUUUACGUGGCACAAAGUUAAAACGUAACAUUAUACGUGAAGAUUACAAUAAUUCGAAAUAUACCGUGGACCAGCUCAAUAUGUUUGUAAUAACAUGCAGUGUUAAGAAUGGCAGAACAAAAUAUUACGCUUUCCGGCGUAAACUGAAAGGUUUGCUAUAUGCCAUAAAUGAAAAGACCAAUACGUCGUGCGGUGAGCAUGUAAAGUUCUGGUACGUGUCUUCCAAUGCUGUAAAAGACUUCGACAAGUGCAAAAAAUACCUAAACCAACAGGCAAAUGAGAACAAUAUCAGACUGAAGACGCAGCGUAAUACCAUUGACGUUGACGAGACGUCAACCGACAACAUCGUCGAAUUGAUACGUGCUUUCGGAGUAUUUGCGGACAUGAUCAAACUUGAUGAGAAGUUCCUACAAAACGUUAUAGAAAUUUCCCAAAAUCAUAGGAGAACCGACAGCAGUUGGGUCAAAGUUGAACAGCUAAAUAAAUUCGUCACGGAACAGUCCGAUGAAAUGUUUAAAGACAUUUACGAUCACAUUAUGAAGGAUCUCAGUCGGUUAAGAUAAUAAAACUAUUACAUAUUUUAUAUUUAAUCUUUAUUAUAUAAUUUCUAUCUCUUUAUGUAUGUGAUUGAAACACGGGCGUUUGAAAUACAUUCGUAAUUUGUAAUAAUGAGGUGUCGACACAGACUAAGAUAUAUAGAUAUAAGAUAUAUCUUAGUCCGUAGAUGUCAAUAAAUAAAUUUAUCAUAUCCUAUAACCAA